GCUAUUGAAUUAAGGCGCUCCGUCUUCAAUAAUUAUUUACCCAAACACCCAAUUAAAAGGUUUUACUGUGACCUUCCAGCAUUUCAAACAGUCGACAAUCGCUCCUUUCAUGACAACAAAGUACUGGAACUGGUGAAAUAAGUAGUAAUCAAAGUUGAUACAGCUCUGCGUUAUAAAAACUGUGUAUAAAAUUGACUGGGAAGGGCGUUGUAUCUGCAUCGAAAAUGGACUUCAAAAUGCAUGAAUACACACACGCUGUGGUUGGUAAAGUGACUCCGGCAUUGCGAAUAACAGACAGAGCUGAUCUUAACGACGCGCGACGGCAACAUGAUUGCUUCUUAAGACUUCUUAGGGAACUCAAUUUAGAGGUGGUGGAAGUUGAUUUUGGUUAUUCAUUCCCUGAAAAUGUUUUGUUAGAACAUAUUUCCAUCGUUUGCCAUGGCAUUGCCCUUCUUAUGAAACCAACAUCUAGUAUGGAAGAUGAUAUGCUGAAAAUACUCAAAGAAGUUAUGCAAAAAGAUCUUGGACAAACAGUUAUUGAAUUGACUGAUCCUUACGCCAAAGUCAAUGGUUCUGAUGUUAUAUUCACAGGUCGAGAAUUUUUCGUGGGCAUUUCGGAUACAAGCAAUGAAGCAGGAGCGAGCGCUGUUGCAGAAGCAUUUCCAGAAUUCCCUUGCACUCCUAUUAAGAUGUCCAAAGGUGCACGACAUUUGAAGAGUUAUAUUACUGUGGCAGGACCUGAUAUUCUUUGUGUAGGCGCCAGCAAAGAGGCACAAGAAUUAUUGAAGAGAAUGGAAAGGGAAGCAACUUUCUCUUACCAAACUCUUACAGUACCAGAGGAUGAGGCUGCAAAUUGUCUCUACAUCAAUGGGACACUUAUUCAUAGAGCCAUUGAAGAAAUACCUGAUUCCUUCAAGACCUUCUGUGAAAAGAUUGAUUUUGCCAGAAGAUCCAUCUGUUUCUCAGAAUUGGCUAAGAUAUCCACUGGUCUCAGCGCAUGCGCUCUGCUCGUUAGGAAGACAUAAAUCUUUGGUAUGUGAUUUAAUAACAGAAUUUUGUCACGCAGAUACUGUUUGUGGCUGAGGAUAUUCUGAAUAUUAUUGCCAUGGCUAAAUUAUAUUAUUGUUGUAGUAAAAUGUUUAUAAAAAAAGCUUUGUGGGGACUUUUAGCCUGAUUAUAUUAAAG